UACAUUUAGCGUUCCAUAUAUACACAAGUGUGCACCACGAUUCCUGAUCCAAUUCAGCUCAGACGAACACUAAUAAAUUUCAUCCUUUUUCUUGUUAAUAGACAUCCGUAUACGAGUCCGAUUUUGUGAUCGUGCACUAGCUGUGACUGGGCUUGGCUCAUCAUCCAUAAUCGGAAACAGAAUGCCUGCAAUAAUUGCAUUUCAUACACUACAUGAUGCUAAUGUCAGCAUUUGUGAAGAUGGGAAACUUCUCGCUGUCUUGGAACUUGAAAGGUUGUUUGCCAAGCGUUAUUUCUGCAGCGGACAGAGGAAAUCUGUUUUCACAGAACAGUGGCAGCAAGCUAUAGACCUCAUGAUUAAAUUCACUGGUUUAUCUUCAUUCGAUGUAGCUGUCUGUAGUUGGGUGCUUCCAUCACAAAGGGAAAUUUUGCAAACAUUGGUGAAUGCAAAAGAAUGGGUAACGGUUGACCAUCACAAGUGCCAUGCUGCUUUAGGCUUGUACGACUCACCCUUCUCUGAUGCUCUCAUUCUGUCCUACGACGGAGGUGGUAACGAUGGGACCUUUAAUGUUUAUCAAGGAAACAGACGUGAUGGAGUCGAACUUAUUGAAAAGGUCUGUCUUAACCUGGGCACUCCAUACCGUCAGAUCGCCAUGGCGAUGCCAGAGGUUACGAGGCAGGAGUAUGACCCAGAAUCGAUCACCACUUUCAUGAGAUUUGCACCUCUUGCAAUGUCAGGGAAGAUUAUGGGCUAUGCAGCACUUGGAAACGUUAGAGAAGAGUGGUUACCCCAUUUUAAAGAGUACUACAAAGAGUUCCUGACACCGCUCAUAUCCGUCUUCAACCUCGGAGAAAGGUUAGGAGUGAGCCUGGAACCAAAUGCCCUGGACAACUCCACAGCCAGGGAUGUAGCAGCCACCAGCCAGCAUGUCUUCACCCAACUCCUGUUGGACCAGAUCUCAAAGUUCCUGGACCUGUAUCGCAAGGCCAACAACUCAGAACCAGAUGGGAUUGUCCUGACGGGAGGUUGUGCUUUGAAUGUGCAUGCAAACCAGAGUGUAAUAGAGGAGUUUGGUUACCCUGUCCACAUCCCGUCUGCACCUAAUGAUUGCGGCAUCUCUGUUGGAGCAGCAUGGUGUGUUGAAAGCCCCAAAGAAAGAUGCCCAACUCUCUAUGCCGGUCUUCCCCUCUUUGAUGUGAAUUACCUGGAUGCGGUUGCCAUGGAGAGGGAUGCUACCAAGGUGACUGUUGCCGAGGUGGCUGCGCUGCUGGUAGAGGGCGCUAUCAUUGGUAUCGUGAGGGGCAGACAGGAGUUUGGUCCUAGAGCCUUGGGCCAUCGCUCCCUGGUCUGUUACCCGAACCGUCUCGCCUUGAAGGAGGAGAUCAACAAGCUCAAGUCACGAGAGUGGUUCCGCCCUCUAUGUCCAGCCAUCACAGAGCGGUCAGCUGCUCGCAUGUUCCUAGGGAGGGAGUCUAGCAAGAAGAAGAGAUGUGGAGGCAAUGAAGAUCCAUGUCUGUCUUCAUCACCUAGUAAAGUUGAUUCACCACUCUGCCUUCAAGCCGUCCCUGGGGAAUCCCCCGCUGACUGGAUGGGACUCUCCCCCUACAUGUCAUUUGCCCCACCCUUGAGGGAGGAGGCUCAGAAGUUAUUCCCAGCCAUAGCUCACUACGAUGGCACAGCAAGACUUCAGACGGUAUCUCCCAGCAGUGAGCCCUGGUUCCAUUCCUUGUUAGAAGAAGUAGGCAGGCAAGCUGAUGAUGGGGGCUAUGAGAUACUCCUCAAUACAUCAUUCAAUGUCAAGGGUAAACCCAUCUUAAACCACCUCAGCACAGCUCUGGAGAUCUUAGACUCAUCCCCAGAAGGCACAAUGACACAUGUUCUCAUAGAAGAUUGGCUCUUUACACCCCAGAGGCAGAAAACACCUGUAGUCGAUGAGUCUAGGUGACAGGCUCUGUGAACUUAGAAUAAUGUGAUUGCUUCCUGGGAGACAGUUGUUUGUGCAAUCUUAUGGUAAGGCUAUGUGCUGUAAAUGACCAUACUAACGAUGCUAUCCUGGUGGGCCUAAGUUACUCUCCUCAGAUGCACAGAUUUAAUUCCCAGUCUUCAUGUUUUGUAAAAAUUAACUUGUUUAAAUGAUGUUUAUAGGUAGGGCUCAACACUUACCGGUGUCCAUUACACAUGGUCACCCAAAUUUCUACUCUGGCUCGCCAAACUUUCAAUUAUUUUACAAGGGGCCCCUGCAAGCAUAUUGCCAGGGGGUCCAAAAUCUAUAAAGUAACCCCUCAGAUAAAAAAAUGUGAAGUAGGGAAAAAAUUACUGCUUCUCGCCUGUCAGGAUACUAAGAGCAGUAUCAGGGCCCGUGGCAUGAAACUUACCAUUAAUGGUAACUUUCCCAUCGAUGGCAGCUACCAUGGUAACAGGGCUCAACAGCUAAUCAGAAUCAAGGUUUCCAUGGUAGUUACCAUUGAUAGCAAAGUUACCAUAAAUGAUAAGUUUUGUGCAACGGGGCACAGAUGGAAAUUUAUUCACUGAUGUAUGAACCAUACAUCAACUCGAGUCACUUGUGGUUGUAUUCCUGUCACCGGUCCUUUCACCAAACUAACUAAAAAUGUCCUGAUACGAAGCACAAACAUCAUUAUUAUUACAAUCGUACCUCAUUCUAAUUUCAGAUCUAGUUAAGUGGCUGUAGCAAUCGAGACACCAAAGCAGCUAUGUGGCAUUAUUAGUAGCUUAUUAUUCUUCACUGAAAAUGAAACUAUUCCAAGAGGAUUUGAAAAUAAAAACAAUGUUGGACAAUUUUCAUUCAUUCUAUUUGAAUGUACAAUUACAUUACCAGUAUUGGCAACUUCUUGUGGAGAUGUUAUUUUGAAGGAAUUCUUUACCAUUGUCACUAUUUAUAUACGGUAUAUAUAUAUAUAUAUAUAUAUGUACACUUGCUUCUUGUAACAUUUUUGACUGAUUUUUUUUUAGUUUGUAUUUACAAAGUUGAAAUUAAAUGAAAAGAAUAAUUGUUACGCUAUCAAUUAUAAAAAAUCCUUUCCUACAAGCUAUAUCCCAUUGCAUUAGCACUGGCAUGGGAAACAGUUGACCUUAAGAGUAAAGAGAAAUGAAAGCAGUAGGUCUCAUAUCCGUGUCAUUAGUGCAAAUCACUUGAAAAUGUAUUGAAAACUUGCCAAGAGCAUGACCACAGUCAAACCAAAUCAGACUGAUGUGGGUGUGACCACAAAAAUAUUUCCAGUAUUAUCUUCAAGUUUGUAGAUGAAAGUUAUGUCCUUGUUAUAGUGGAAGCUUGUUUUGAAGGGCUCUGAUAUCAAAAGAUACCUGAAAAUAAUAAUUUUCAUGGUCCCAAUGUCCUUGAUGUAAUAAGGAUUCCACUGUAAUCCUGAGUAUUUGUACAGAUAGAAAAUGUCCUCUCACUAUUAAAUGCUAGAACCAAUGGUGAUUUUUUAACUUAAAAAAUACUUAAAUUUACUGUUACAUAAAUUAGACCACAUAGACCAAACAAAUAAACCAGAAGGAUGAUACUCGUAGGUAUGCCACUAUUUUUUUCUUUAUUUUUCUGUUCUGUCUCAUUUAUUUUUUGUUAUAUUCUUCCUCAGUUUACUUAUUCAGUGUGUUUUUUAAAACCUCUUUGUAAUCCUUUGUUUUUAGAUUGAUCAAGGUCAAACAUUUGAACAGGAAAACAAAACAAAAUCAUGAGUAGAAUUACAAUUUUUAUGAUAAAGAUAGACAUCUAAUGUGCAUGAAUUACGAUAUCACACAUGUAUAUUUUAGCAAAUAAGUUUCUUUUCUUUAACAUAUAAAAAGAUUGAAAAUCUUUUUACCACUGAAAUUGGUUGAACAUUGGAAAAUAAAAUGAUUUGAUUUGAUUUGAUUUGUUUUAUUGUCCACAUUAAUGGAAAUUCUUUUUUUCACGUGGUAACAAGGUAUAUACAGUACAUAAAGCAUACCGGUAGGCAAAUGCAAUUAAUUCAUCAAAUUCAUAUAGGCAUAAUCAAUAUCAGGUGAUUCUGUUGUCAUUCCAUGCUGAAUUUGGUGUCACUACACACACACACGAUUAAUUGUUAUUUAUAUGUUUUUCACAUCAUUUUUAUCAAUAACUUUGAAUAGUUACACUAAACCAUUGCCUAACAUAA